ACAUGGGGGACGAUUUUCUGAAAGCAACAAAGAAGUUAUUUUUACGUUUAUUCAAAACAAUAGAAAUGAUUGCCUUCAUUGUUUUGCCAAUUCUUGCUGCAGUGCUGCAACAGUCUUCUGGAAAUGUUGAUUUUGAUUCUGAAUCACCCAGGAAACCAGAAAUACAAAACGAGAUUAUUGACUUGCACAAUUCCUUAAGGAGAUCUGUGAAUCCAACUGCUAGCAACAUGCUAAAAAUGGAAUGGUAUCCUGAAGCUGCUGCUAAUGCAGAACGUUGGGCGUACAGAUGUAUUGAGAGUCACAGUUCACGCGAUUCAAGAGUUAUUGGAGGAAUAAAAUGUGGUGAAAAUAUAUAUAUGUCACCUUAUCCUGCGAAAUGGACUGACAUUAUUCACGCUUGGCAUGGUGAAUACAAAGAUUUCAAGUAUGGCGUUGGAGCAGUCCCAUCAAAUGCUGUUACUGGCCAUUACACUCAGAUAGUUUGGUACAAAAGUUACCGUGGUGGUUGUGCUGCUGCCUAUUGUCCUUCAUCAAAAUACAGAUACUUCUAUGUUUGUCAGUACUGCCCAGCAGGAAACAUGAUAGGUAAAACUGCUACUCCAUAUACAUCAGGGCCACCUUGUGGGGAUUGUCCUUCGGAUUGUGACAAUGGACUAUGCACAAAUCCUUGCACACAAGAAAAUACGUACUCGAACUGCAAUAGUUUGGUCCAACAAAGUAGCUGCCAGGAUAAUAAUAUGAAGACAAAAUGCCCUGCUUCUUGCUUCUGCCAAAAUAAAAUAAUAUAGUGGGCUUCCCAUUCAAUAUUUUUUAUUUUUGCCGGAAAUAUCUUAAAAUCAUGGCAUCUUUUAGUAUCAGCAAAUUCUUACUUGACAUUUGAUUUCAUAUACUUUGCAUGAAUGUCCUAUAAAUGCCUAAGGGAAACAUCAGCAGGAGUAGAGGCUAGGGAUAAAAACUGUAAGUUCAAAGGGUCACAGGAAAAAUCACAAGCCUAUGUAGCAUCAAAAAAAGUUGAUUAAAAGAAAAUACUGAAGGCCUGAAAAUAACAUCACCAAAA